AACCCAAGAAUUAGAAAGUUUUAUUGCUCAACAAGUUCAAAAAGCAACUACUCAGGGGCAAAAAUACAAUCCGGUUAACCAGUAUCAAAAUCAACCCACUUUUUAUCGAGUAGUAAUCAUUUACCUCUAUUAUCAGCAAGAAAAUAACCAAUCACCCCUGAUUGUCGAAACUCCUAACACGCAAAAAUUACGAGCCGAACUAAAUCAUUACCAAAAACUUUAUGAAAAUAGAGUAAAAAAAGAUUUAGGUUUUGAAAAUAAAGAUGCAGAAACUCAGACCGAGGAUGAUCAAUUAGUAAUUCAACAUCAGGAACAGUUGAGAAAGAUUAAUGUCCUUUUUGAUGACCAAGCCCAAGAUUAUAGUUUUAUUGAUUUUAAUGUUACUGACUGUUAUCAGCAUGGUUGUGAUCAUUUAGGAAUAAUUUCUUACAAAAAGGUUGUCUUUCGUGGUUUUUACCAUAAAAAACUGCUUCAAGAAUUAAUCGCUAAUAAAGAAAUCAAAAAUAAUCUGCAAAUAACUAAUGAAAAACUGUUUGCUAAUUAUGUUUAUGAUUUACCGGAAGAAACAGCCGGAUCGACUUGA